AUGGAUAGAACCCGAGACUCAUUUGUGGACGAUGCUGUCCAGUGUCGUCCACAUACUGUUGUCCAAAACGGCGGUGAUAUCGAGGGUGGCGGAGGAUGUGACGUCGAGCCCGACGCCAGCGGUCAUCAGCCACUCUGGGUCAGGCUGGCCUGCAUUCUCCUCGACUUCCUGACACAGACAUACGACCAGAUCAGGAUCGUUCCCGAAAUCGUUCUUUUUGAGAGAUGGGUUUGCAGUUCCUACGCCCCCGCACACGGCGAGCAGGUCUUUGGUGGCCUGCAGGAUGUGUGUAAAUCUCCCGACGUGCAGUACCAGCUGGCCCGGCUCAGGAGCUGGAAGGCCUUUUUUGACGGCGUUGCUAUUCUUCUUACUGCCGUGCCGAUGGGUCUCCUUGCCGACAGGAUAGGCCGCAAGAGAGUCAUCGUGACGAGUAUCCUUGGGCCGCUCAUGUCACUCUGUUGGGUUGUCACUGUUUGCAUGGGUGGAUAUGGCAACGGUGACAUGCGACUAAUCUGGGCCUCGUCCAUUUUCCUCCUCAUGGGCAACUUGUCAUCAGCAAAUGCCACCAUCUACGCCAUGGCAGCAGACUCGUGUCCGCCCUCGCAGAGAAGCCGCUAUUUCUACUACCUCUAUUCCACCUUUCUGGUCUGUGAGCUCUUCGCGCCCGCCCUCGCAUCUGUGACUAUCGAGAGACACCUGAUUAUCCCCUUUGGCGUCGGCUUUGCCUGCCUGCUCCUCUGUUUUCCCAUUCUGUACAUUAUGCCAGAGACACACAGAGUCAUCAGAAACCUUGGUGGAGUGCGGCGGCGCCCGAGCAAGGAGGCCCACGACGAGACGAGCCCCCUCCUUACCUCCUCUUCGCCCUCGAUCAACCGCACACGAACGACGACGACGACGACUUCGCUGCCGCCUUCUUCUCAGAGGCAGCCCGGGAAAGCAGGCCUCAUGAGCGUUCUGUGCAGGAGGAAUAUCCUCCUCUCCCUCUUUGUCCUCUUCAUCGGCGCCCUCAGGCAGGGCACCGUCUCAAUGCUCCUGCAGUACGCAGCUGUGCGCUUCGGGUGGCCCACCUCGCAGACCGCUAUGCUUGUUUCGGCCAUCGCGGCGAGCAACAUUGUUUUAUUUCUCGUUGUCCUCCCCCAGACCGUCGCAUUCCUUACCUCGAGGUGGCAUAUCGUGCCGCAGAUUAUUGACUACAAUGUUGUGUCUGCCAGCCUGGCUGUCCUAACGGUUGGAGCUGUGCUGAUGGGUCUUGCGUCUUCCAUGACGGGCCUGUUCCUCUCUGUGUUGUUCUUCGCCGCGGGGUACGGGACGCGGGUUGCCGUCCUCUCGCUGAUUACCGCGUGGACUGACGAGGAUACGCGCGCGAGCACCUUUGGUUUUGCGCAGAUUGUCGAGGGCAUCGGCCGGAUGUGUGGGGAUCCAAUCCUGCUUAGAGUCUUUGCGGCGUCUAUGGGCGUGAGUGGCGUUUUGAGGGGUCUUCCGUUCUUUUUUGCGGCGGCUGGAUUUGGCACAGCUGCUAUUGCCUGGCGUUUCGUGAAUCUGAGGAUGAAGGCCAGAGCAGAGUAAUGUGUGGUCGACCUCGGGCGGAGAUGAAGACCGACCACCACAAGUCUCACACAUGGUGGAAGCAGCUAACAGCGAGUGUAUUUUCUGGAGCAGGGUAUAUGGUAACAAGGGAUAUACCUACAUCUAGAUUCUGAGGCGUUCUUUUUGUCUUUGGGGAGCAGUAUGCAUACACAUAGCGGGGUCAGAUUCACUGGGCCAUUGUACGGUGUGGAAUUAGGAAUAUGACGGGACGAUUGCGCAUAACCACUGGCUAGUAGGUUGUGUAUUUUAUGGAGACAGGAUAGCUGCCCAUUGCAGUGGCAGAGAUUUGAGCAUGACAUUCAGCAUAGCAAGUUCAAGGGUAUUUUUACCGAUGAGGUUUCAGGU